CUAAUAUCAAAUUCUUUAGUAGGAGCCCGUUAUAGUCGAAGAUAAACAGCCCAACAUAAUCUCCUCCGGACAACAUUUAGCAUUGGCAAUCGACCCGAGUCGGAUUCGGGUCCGGGUCCGCCGUUCUAAAAAAACUCAGUGACUCAGUGAGUUGUAUUUAUAACCAAAAAUCCACCUUUGUAACCCUGCAGUUCAUCUGCCCUUCUCAUACGCAACACAAUCAAAUCUUCAUCUUCUCCACUCUACACACACACUAAUUCUCGGAUUCCAUCUGCGAUUAUCAGAUCCGAUCAUGGGUCACGGUGAGAACAGUGGGAGACCUCAUAAGAGGAACAAAUAUUCAUCCAAGGAGGAUCAUAAAGCUGCAGCUUUUGAUGAUGAAGAAGCAUAUUAUGUUGAGGACUUUAAUGAUGAUGAUCGAGAUGGUGAUGGAGAAGGAAAGAAGAGAGAUUUUACAAAGCUGGAACUUAAACCAGAUCAUGCCAAUCGCCCGUUAUGGGCGUGUGCGGAUGGACGGAUCUUUCUUGAGACGUUUUCGCCGUUGUAUAAACAAGCAUAUGAUUUUCUUAUUGCUAUCGCAGAACCUGUCUGCAGGCCUGAAUCGAUGCAUGAGUACAACCUCACUCCGCACUCACUUUAUGCCGCCGUAUCUGUCGGUUUAGAAACCGAAACAAUCAUUGCUGUUUUGAACAAGCUUUCGAAAACCAAGCUUCCAAAAGAGAUGAUUGAGUUUAUUCACGCUUCUACAGCAAAUUACGGGAAAGUAAAGCUUGUACUUAAGAAGAAUCGAUACUUAGUUGAAUCUCCAUUCCCUGAGGUAUUGAAGAGAUUGUUAAGUGAUGAAGUGAUAUCGCGAGCGAGGAUUUUUAACGAGGGAGGAGAUGGAUUCAAUGUUAGUAGAGCGAUUGGUGAAAUUGAAGGUACACAUGACGAGUUGCUAAAUGAAGCACAGCUGGCGGCUGUAGCUGAAGAAAAAGAAGCUCAUUCUUUUGAAAUUGAUCCUUCUCAGGUGGAAAAUGUAAAGCAGAGAUGCUUGCCAAAUGCUUUAAACUAUCCCAUGUUGGAAGAAUAUGAUUUCCGCAAUGACACUAUCAAUCCAGACCUUGAGAUGGAACUAAAACCGCAAGCACAACCACGGCCUUAUCAAGAAAAGAGUCUUAGCAAGAUGUUUGGAAACGGCAGAGCAAGAUCUGGCAUCAUCGUCUUACCCUGUGGUGCCGGAAAGUCAUUAGUGGGUGUUUCUGCAGCCUGCAGAAUAAAGAAAAGUUGUCUCUGUUUAGCAACGAAUGCUGUGUCGGUUGACCAAUGGGCCUUUCAGUUCAAACUAUGGUCAAACAUUCGGGAUGAAAACAUUUGUCGUUUUACAUCCGAUAGCAAAGAAAGAUUUCGUGGAAACGCUGGAGUUGUUGUGACGACCUAUAACAUGGUUGCUUUUGGCGGGAAACGAUCUGAAGAAUCCGAAAAGAUCAUCGAGGAAAUACGAAACCGAGAAUGGGGUUUGCUACUCAUGGACGAGGUGCACGUGGUUCCUGCACACAUGUUUCGUAAAGUCAUUAGCAUCACUAAAUCUCAUUGCAAGCUUGGGCUUACUGCUACACUUGUUAGAGAGGACGAAAGAAUUACGGAUUUGAAUUUUCUUAUCGGUCCGAAGUUGUAUGAAGCAAAUUGGUUGGAUUUAGUCAAGGGCGGAUUCAUCGCAAACGUACAAUGUGCCGAAGUGUGGUGUCCGAUGACCAAAGAGUUUUUUGCUGAAUAUUUAAAGAAGGAAAAUUCUAAGAAGAAACAGGCUCUAUAUGUGAUGAACCCUAACAAGUUUAGAGCUUGCGAAUUUCUUAUUAGAUUUCAUGAGCAGCAACGUGGCGAUAAGAUAAUUGUUUUUGCCGACAAUCUUUUCGCACUCACUGAAUACGCAAUGAAACUUCGCAAACCGAUGAUUUAUGGUGCCACAAGUCAUAUUGAAAGAACAAAGAUACUAGAGGCUUUCAAGACUAGCAAGGAAGUCAACACUGUUUUCCUCUCGAAGGUUGGUGAUAAUUCGAUCGAUAUUCCUGAAGCAAAUGUGAUUAUUCAAAUUUCAUCACAUGCUGGUUCAAGGCGUCAAGAAGCCCAACGUCUCGGACGUAUUCUCAGGGCAAAGGGUCGUCUCCAGGAUAGAAUGGCGGGAGGAAAAGAGGAAUACAACGCCUUUUUCUACUCGCUAGUAUCUACAGAUACACAGGAAAUGUAUUACUCAACUAAAAGGCAGCAGUUUCUAAUCGAUCAGGGUUACAGUUUUAAGGUGAUUACAAGUUUGCCUCCAUCAGAUGCAGGGUCAGAGUUGAGCUAUCAUCGUUUAGAAGAUCAACUUUCUCUUCUUGGAAAGGUGUUAAGUGCUGGAGAUGAUAAAUUAGGUUUGGAAAUACUGGAAGAUGAUACAGAUGACAUAGCACUUCAAAAGGCGCGUGCACGUCGCCUCAUGGGUUCCAUGAGUGCCAUGUCAGGAGCUAAAGGGAUGGUCUAUCAUGAGUUCAGGACUGGACAGAAAGGAGGCUUCGGAAAGAGCAAGCCGAAGGAUCCAGCAAAACGACAUCAACUGUUCAAAAAGCGUUUUGUAUGACCUGUUUGUUACAAUCAAAUAUGUCCCGAGGCUUGUUUUGUUUUGUUGUUUGACGAGUGCUUCUGUACGACAAAACCAAUUUAUAUGACUUGAUACCUACAGGAAAUUAAACUUAUACAAGUAACUUUUUUUUUUU